GUCAUCCGCCGGCAAUGCGUCACCGCGGCCGCCGUUUCCCAUUGGCCGCAGGAACGGGUGACAUCAUCGACAAUAACAGGAAGUGGAGGCGGCUGGAACCGGAGCCCGAGGAGUUUAGGCCUAGUCCCGAGAAGCACCAUGAACGCCAUAUUCGGUAGGAGGAAGACCCCGGAGGAGAUGCUCCGGCAGAACCAGCGAGCCCUGAACCGGGCCAUGCGGGAGCUGGACCGGGAGCGAAUGAAACUGGAGCAGCAAGAGAAGAAAAUCAUCGCUGACAUUAAGAAAAUGGCAAAACAAGGACAGAUGGACGCGGUUAAAAUAAUGGCGAAAGACUUGGUGCGGACUCGGCGCUAUGUGAAGAAGUUCAUCAUGAUGAAGGCAAACAUCCAGGCAGUGUCCCUGAAGAUCCAGACGCUGAAAUCCAACAACACCAUGGCCCAGGCCAUGAAGGGAGUCACUAAGGCCAUGGCCACCAUGAACCAGCAGUUGAAACUGCCUCAGAUUCAGAAGAUUAUGAUGGAGUUUGAGAAGCAGUCGGAGAUCAUGGACAUGAAGGAGGAAAUGAUGAACGACGCCAUUGAUGAUGCCAUGGGUGACGAAGACGAUGAGGAAGAGAGUGAUGCUAUCGUGUCCCAAGUACUGGAUGAACUUGGCCUGAACCUGACUGACGAAUUGUCCAACCUCCCCAGCACCGGAGCGUCACUCAGUGUUGCUGCCGGGAAAAAGGCGGAGCCAGUGGUCCUGGAAGACGCCGAUGCCGACUUGGAAAAGCGGCUGAAGAACCUCCGCAAGGACUGAGGGAGACGAUGACGUUUUUUUUUUUCUCUUGUGUUUAUAUUUUAAAUCUGGGGGAGGGAGGAAUAAUACCGACUGUACGGAGCGAUAGUGAUUUAGUUAUCUUUUACUCUUCUGGGGAUGAUCGUCGAGCUGUAUGGUUGGCGCAGGAGCAGGAUUCCCCUCUACCCUGUGGUCAGGCCUGGCGCUGUACAGCGGGUCAGUGCCAUGAAUUUAAAAACGAGCAAAAACCGAGCGUGGUUGGUUUUGCUGGGAGCUGGGCAGCCUGCUGCUAAAGAUAGUUAGGAUCUUGUUUGCAGGCAGUUUCUUCUUUUUUUUUCUCACUCCUUCCUGCCCUCCUCCUCCUUCACAUCGUUCCUUACCCACCCUCUGCCCACCCGUGUGUUGAUACCCACCAAAGUGAGAGAGCGAGAAGCCCCGGGCACCAGAGCCGCACGAACCCUUACUCGAAGGGGAGUUAUUAAAAUGGCACUGGCGAUAAAUUGGAGGGUAAUGUAAGCGUGUAUAUAGGUAGAUAUAUUUUAUCCUUAAAGCAAAGGUGCGAUAAAGUUGUCCUCCUGUCUGGCACCAUGUGAAUGGCAGACGUGAAUCUGGCUCCUCUGAUGGCCCUUCAGCGGGGCCUGCAAAAACGGUGAGGCUGCAGUCCCUCGACCGACAGGCGCCACUUCAAGUCACGUUGCCAAGCCUUUACGGCCACUGGUGUAGAAUUGGGAUUUCCGUUCUGCCUGCCCCUGUGCGCCUGCCUGUUUUUAAGGUCACAGUUGCACCCCGAGCCUCUGCUCUCACUGUACAUGUAACAGCAACGCCCCCCCCCCCCACCCCCGGCCCUCUCCUGAAGGUGGCAUUACCUGUGGCAGUGUAGAUUCCACCCCCCACAGAGGGUGAAUCCAGGAGUGUGCAGCCUCUCUCGGCUGUUCAACUCGGGAGGGUAUUGCAGUCCAACCUGACCCUCUGCAGUUUCCAUCGAGUUACUGAGCAGCAGUCAGGCUCCUGAAGGAAAAACCAGUAAAACUUAGGAAAUGUCUGGUACUGGUCCAAAAUGGUCUUCUAUACGUUAAAAUGGAACUCCAGUUCAGACCAGUACUAGUCACUUCCAAGUUUUACUGUUGUUUUCCCUUAGACGGAGCAGAACCUUUGAUUUCCAUCCUGUUCCUCCUCAGGCAGUGUUGUCCCCCUUCCUCCUGACCAAUUUAAAAGAUUCAUUUAUUUCUUAAUAGAUUUGUAUAUUAGGGGAGCAGUAAGGCCGGGGUGAGGCACGAUUCUAAUUUGGCACUGAUCUCCAUUGCUGUGCGUCAAACUGUUAAUGAGAAUCCCAAUUUCAGUUAUCUCUCAGUAAGAGUAAAAAUCUUACCUCAGUGUGCACUCCCUGCCAACAUAUUCCAUUAUAAAUUCCUGUCAGUAUUUAGAAUGGAAUAUGCCUGUGUAAACAUGUCACAAUAUAAUUACACCCUCCUGUCACAGCACCACCAUCGGUGGGAUGGCGUAAUUACAAUGUGACAAGUUUACAUAGGUAGUUUCCAUAAUAAAAAUGGAUAUAGGAAGUAAUGAUAUAAAUAUUGGGUUCAAAUAUAUGGCUUUGAAUUUGGCUUGAAUUAUGUCUCUCUAUCCUGGCCUAAUUAUACCCCGCACUUAAACUGUGCUUCACCCGCUUGAUUUUAACACCACAGGAACUUGAUUGGUAUUAAACGGAAGAAUAACUGACACAUCACACCAAAGUAAGAGUAAAAAUGGAUCCCAGGGCUGUGCGUUUUGACCUGAGCGUCCAGUAUUGACUCCGUGAAAUGUCACGUUGUCAUUAGUGCCAGGGCAGGCACUCCGUCGGUCCAUUGUUCUUGCUGCAAAUCUGGGCUGCCCUAUACUCAGCAGCUGAGAGACUGCGUUUCCUGCGCUCAAGUGAGUUGUACCUAUUAGUAUUAACCAUCCGAGCAAGGUGUGAUUGGAAGAGAAGGUUGCUCUCUCCGGCUGCUCUUCAGGUGCCUGGAAGUUACCUGAUCUGGGCAUCUUCCUCUGAGACACCUGACGGCACUCUGGUACGUUCUGCUAUGUCCCAUUUGCUCUGAAACCCAGCUAGUUCCCUGAUACCUAGAACUUUGUAAGAGCAGGCUACACAAAUAGGGGUUCUCAGAGGAGCAAGUCCAGAGCACGUACGGUUUUGACAGGUAAUUUGAAUGGUUGUUGUGAAAUGUACUAUUUGUCUUCAGCUUAACUCUCAGUAACUUGACAUUAAAAUAAAUCAAUUUGGGAAAGGUUGCUGGUGUGUCCCAGACAUUUGACUUGUAAAACAAUAAAUGACCUGUUCCCCCUCCCACCCCCUCCAAUCCCCAGCCUGCACACUAAUAAUAACUGUGUUUUAAGGACUUGGAUUGUAAAGUAUUAAUGAACAAUGGAGUGAGAGCAAUAUGAUGCCUCUCUCCCCUUUGGGAUCUGUACAGCCGAGUGCUUCAACUCACUACCUUUGGCGUUACCGAGACAAGGAGGUACUGUUCCUGUAGCCAGGAGCCGAAAUCUAUAAGCUGGCCCCUUGCCUCAAGAUCUCAGCUGUAUGUGAGGAGGAUGCUUGCAUGCGUGUUGAUCUGCCUCGUGCACUGACAGAGCCGAUGGUAAUGCCUGAGAGUACAGCAGCCUCCAGUGUAACACUGCGUUUCUCUCUGAAAAAUGAAACCCUGCAAGAUGCCUUCUGUAUGAGCAGCUGUUGUGAUGCACUUUUUCUGAAACUCUCCAUGUCCUGUUAUAGAGAAGGCUGAUAACAAUGUGUAUUAUUUAUGUUCUGCCGUUAACAGGAGCUGGAAGUCAGGACAAGGUGCAGCCUGCACUACAUUAUCAUUAUUCUUUUUUGCAGGUGCUUUUCUAUUGGGGAAGGUUUUUAUUUUGUUUGUCUGUGUACUAUCGUCCUUUUUGUCACAAUAAAUUAUGCACUGUUUAGUCA